AUGAAGCUCGCCAUUGCUCUCGUUGUACUUUUGUCAACCGUUUUCGUAAAUACCCAUGCUCGGUGUUAUGGUAAGGGUUGUGGAGGCUAUGAUGGCGGAUAUGGCCGUAUUGGCGGUUAUGGUUUAGGAUACGGCGGGAUUGGAUUAGGAUAUGGCGGGAUUGGAUUAGGAUCUGGCGGGAUUGGAUUAGGAUAUGGCGGAUAUGGAUUAGGAUAUGGCGGCCUUGGAUUAGGAUAUGGCGGAGUAUAUGGUGGAUAUGGCAAGGGAUAUGGAUUAGGUUUAGGAUAUAUCGGAGGAUAUGGUAGAGGAUAUGGUUUGGGUCUCGGAUAUGGUUUGGGUAGCGGAUAUGGUUUGGGUAGCGGAUAUGGUUUGGGUAGCGGAUAUGGUGUAAAGAAAGGGGCUUAUUAA